UGAUGCGGCGGGAGUUGACCGGAAGCUGUAGGGCGGAGCUCCACCUUAUGGUACGUGUGCCUGUCUCACAGUUAGUGAGUUAGCCUUACAGCAGACAACAAUCCGGAAUUAUGGUGUUACUCGAAAAUGAUUCGUUUCUCACAGAGCUCACUCGGCUCUUCCAGAAGUGCCGAACAUCUGGCAGCGUUGUCAUCACAUUAAAGAAGUAUGAUGGUAGAACUAAACCAAUGCCCAAAAAAGGGUAUCCGGAGUCAUUCGAACCUGCUGAUAACAAGUGUCUCGUCAGAGCAUCUGAUGGCAAGAAAAAAAUUAGCACAGUGGUCAGCACCAAAGAAGUAAUCAAGUUUCAGAUGGCAUACUCCAACCUCCUGAGAGCUCACAUAGAUGGUCUUAAGAAGAAAGACAAGAAAAGCAAGAGCAAGAAGACCAAAGCCACACAAUGAACUAUAGACUCUUUAUCAAACAGUGGAUAUCUGAGCUGUCCAUUACAGUAUAAAGGGGGUGUGGGGGUCACCUUGUGCUGAUGUGACCUCCAGCCCCAAUCAGUUCUCUCCUAAAACCUCAGAAUCAUCCUCCUGGUGACUGUAGAUAUGCCAUUGUUUACAUGGUGAUGCCAUAUCCCAGGCUGUUCAGGGCCAUCCGGUGAUUAAGAACAGAACAGAACCUGAGGAUUUGGAUACGGAGCAUGCCACCAUUUAUUUAAUUAUUACCUUUUUAUGUUGUGGGAGAAAAAAUCCUGUUUCCCCACAGAGCCCAAUGCUUUCUGGCCUUUAAUUUCUGUUAACCCUUAUUUAUGUAGUGCAGGGUUUGCAUUUUUGAUUGGGACAACAAUUAUGUUUAAAUAUAUGAAUGGAAAGUCAUAAAUCUGUUUGAUUGCUCAGUAUAAUUUAUGUCUAGCUUAUUUUCUUUACUAUGACUAACAAAUGGCCCCUCUUUCUUUUUUUUUUUUUAUUAUGCUAUGCCAAUCCAAGGGUUUGUAUCUUUCCCCUCAAUGUUUCCCGUCCUGGCAUCAAAAUUUAAGUUUAGAAAUAAAGUUUUUUUUUCUUAUUUUAAGUCUCUCAGAGAUUUCACCGAUUCCUGCUAACGUGGCUGAUUAUAACAACACAUGAGCAGUAUAGAAAAAAGGGCAGCGAUGACAGUAUAGAUAUACACAUUCCUGGGCUGCUUGUAAAACAGUCUGUUUCUGUGAUCUCAUAGAGCCGUGUUCUUGUCCAGUCUGUCCUUUGGGGACGCCGCCAGGUCACGCUGUCGGGCGCUCUCUUCCUGAUAUCCCUGCUUCAUCAGGCUGGUUACAUACUGGAACAUCAUCUGAAUCGCAAUGAAACGGCAGAGAAAUGUGGGUCAGGGUUUCUGGAGGUGAUAAACAGAUUUUUAAGCUGAAUCAUCUCUAGCAUUUUAUUAACUUCCAAGCAGAUUGGGAAAUUAAAACAUUAAUGGAUGAA